GAAGUGGUGUUCUCAAGUGAUAAUCAUUCUAAACCUAACAUUUUUUUAUUUACUGUGAAGAAAAAUAUUUACUAAUUCUAAAAAGUUCUUGAUUCAAUUAAUAAACUGGAUUGUUUUAAAUCAAUAGCUUCAAAUUCCCUCAAUGCAACUAAAGUAUCUUAAGUCAAGUUUUUUUUGUUUUUAAGUAAUAACUAUUCUAAAACCAAUAUAUUUUUAAAUUUAAUGUGCAGAUCAAUAUUUAUAAAUUCCAAGAAAUUUUUGGUUCAAUCAAUAAACAAGACUUUUCUUGAAUCAAGUACUUUGAAUUCUCUCAAAAGAAAAAAAGUAUCUAGAGUUAAGAUUUGGUGUUCAUUAAAACAGUCUUAAUUUAUUUUGAAGAUCAAUAUUUAGUCAUUCCAAGAAUUGUUUGAUUCAAUCAAUAAACAAGGUUUAUUUUUUAAUCAAUAACUUCUCUCAAAACGAACAAAGUGCCUAUUAUUCUAGGAGAGUGUCAUUUCAAGAAAAUAGGGGAGACUGAGGGGAGUUGAUCCUCGUUUUUAUUUCAGCCGCUAACUUUUUUAUAUUUUAAACACAAAACUCCCGUGAGACUCGACAUAUUAAUGAGAUAUAAAACAGGUCACUUACGUAGGUAUGCAAUUUCGAAUAUCGCUCGAUAUGUUUUGGGCUUAUCCGGAACCCUUAAUAGUUAUGAGAAACUAUUAUAUAAUCUGUGGUUAUGAGAUGAGACACGCCUCGCCAUGGCAAGAUGGUUACUGUGGGCCAGCGCUCUGUUAUUCUGAAAUUUGACAUUACAUACGUGAGUGACCCGUUUUAUAUCUCAAUAGCCGGGUCCACACAGAGCAAGCAUACGCGCGAGGCAAUCUCCUCGCGCACAAACCGGCCGGUGUAGACGUGCCUCGGCCGAGGCACUUGAAGUGGGUACUUCUUUGUUGUCGAUCAGUAUAGAGGUACAGUUUUUCAUUCUUCAGAUUCUGACUUUGAUGACUCUUGACUUUCAUUAAUUAACGAGUCGCUUUCAGGUCCACGACUUCAAUUAUAAUACCUACCUCUGUUGGGUGUAGAAUUCGAUUAUAAUAUCUUUUAUUCUUAAAUCAGAGAAAAAACAUAAAAUAUUCGUUAAACAUGAACAAAAAACCCGACUGCGUAAAAAACUUUGAAUAAAAACUAAAAAGAAAGAAACAAGUCUAGCGGUCUAAUAUACGUAAACAGAAAACAAUUUCUAAUGCGGAAUAAAGCUAGUUCAACAGUUGGGACCCAUUACUGGGAAUUUUCGAGCCGGAUACGGUUUUAAUCAACUGAGCAUCGCAUUCGAUAAAAUCGUUUAGAGAAUCUCGCAUCUUCGGUGGCAAGAACCGAGAUUUGGCCGCAUAGACGCCGUGUGAACGAUUUUUAAAGUUGCCAUAUAAACUUUGUUGUUACUACGACAUUCGAUAAAAUCCCGUACACGGUAUACGGUAAAAAUUGCGCCGUGUGAACGUAGCCUAAUAGUAUUUUAUUAAGUUUUUAAAGGUUCUAUUAAUUGGUCAGCGGUAAGACAUAAAUAUUCGGUAAUAGUAUCAUUUUGGGGAUUUUUGAGUGGCUAUAAUCUCGAUAGAUAAAUAAAUAUUUUGAAGUGUUUCGAAUGUUUGGCCGAAUAUCAAGAUGUCAUGGUCGCGGGCGUCGAUCGAGAAUGUCAAAAAGAUAAUUUUGCGCUGUCAGUCUGUUUGUCACUCUGGCGUUGGAGAUUGGUUUGGGAGGAUGUUCUUUCUUCUCAUAAGACAAAUCCAGUGACAAAAUGAUAAAAUAACACCGUGUUGAUGGAGAUCUAAGGCGCCGGAGCGGGCGCAGCCUGGAUGUGCAUCAUUUUUGACUCAAGGAUUUUGUGAUGCCGUGUGAUGAAGCUGUUGGCGUACCUUUCGCCACCUCAUCGUAUUUCUAAGCCCCGAGUCCGUCAGCUGGGUAUACCGACGUUAAAGUGCCCCAGAUGCCUAUCUUCAUCGCGCAAGCGAAGCACGAAUUUGCUUAGGACAAGCGUAGCAGUCGUCUAAAGAAUUCUUUUCAGCCCAUUCUGGUGAGAAUAUACUUGCUUAUACAUGUAUAGGUUAGGUCCCAAUGCUCAAUUUAACCUGAAAUAGGUUUUAAUCCACAUAUAUCUAGUCUUAAAUAAAUUACUACAUAUCAGUUCAAUAGCAGGCUAUUAAAAAAUAGUCUUCCGUAGGUAUCUACCAUCUCCAGACUCCCCUAUAGUUACUUAUAGUUCAGUCUAAUACUACUCUUGAUUGAAGACUAUUGAAAACUAAGGUUUAGAAACAUUUUACUUGAUCCAAAAUAAAGUGAAACUGUGUUGGAUAUUUUUUAUUGGAUUUAAGAUUUUUUUUCUCAUAACAAUACUUUUUUCUAAUAUCAAGUUUGACUGUGGAAUAUUUUUUACGAUUAAGAUAUUUGAUAUUAAUUUCAAGAUUUUUUUUGUUGGUAAUACUGACGCCAGUGCGCAGGAUUGAUCGAGCCGCGAGCAGGUCAUGACAAGUUUAAAAAGUUCCGUUUGUUCGUUCGGAAGGAGGCGUCUUUCUUUAAAAGAUAAAAAUAUUUAAAAAGAUACCAUUUGUUUGUGAUGGAUACUGUGGGUGUGGCUGUGGCCGAAGUGCUUGUGUCGUGGGGUAUACCCCACGAAGUUAUAAACAACUUUAUAGCAAAUGGCAUAACAGUGGAACACUUUGCAAAAUUGACACCAGAAUGCCUUAAAGAAUUGUGCCCACAUUUAGCAACGCGAUUAGUUCUCCAAGAGAAAUUAUCGGAAAUUAUAACAGCACAGGCGCCAACCGAAACAAACUCCAACACAUGCACAAGUAAUAAUACUUUGCAUAUAAGUCUAGAUGAUAUAGAAGUUACCAACCUUUUUGAGUCUCCCAAGACAGUCAACAUUCAGACAAGAAAAACAUUCCCACAAUUUGAUUUGGAGACACUAUUGCAAACUUCACCAGGUGGCAAUAGCAUUCUCAAAUUUUACGAAACAUAUAGUUGUCUUGAUAACAGCAAGAGAAGUCAGUUAACUGACAUAAUAAUAAAACAUAUAUACACAUACAUUGUUAAUUGCCGUAUAACCUACGAAGAAUACAAUGUGCUAGCGGCCAAAAUAAUAACACUGUUUCCUAAAGAGUCAAUAGGCACAUAUUUUACAAAGCCUAUAAAAAAAAUAGAUUCCAUAAAUGGACGUUCUACAGUAGCCCGAGGAAAAUUAGUCGACAAGGUUCGCAACCUCUUGUAUAAGUAUGGCGAUCGCAAGAGAUCAGUCAGCGAGUCGGAGAGUACUCCACCGCCAAAGAAAAGUUGUGAUGACUUAAAGGAUUUACACUCCAGGGAUAUAUUGUGGUUGAAUAACAACUCAGAACCUUGGGAAGAGGUAAUAAUUAAAUGGAAGGCCACAUAUAAUCUAAGAAAGGAAGGUGAACAGAAAAAUAUCCAUGAGUUUUUACGAGACUGGAAAAUCUUGUCGGACCCUAGAAGUGAAAUAUUGAUAAAUAUUGACUUCGAUUUGUUGUAUCCCGAAAAGGGUUUAAACUUCUACUUAAACUGGGAUACAUUUUAUGAAAAGUUUAUUGGACUGAAACAAACACAAGAUGAAAGAAUCAUAAACCUUAUCGAUUCUUUGAAGAACAUUGAAGGCGAAUUGAAACUGCCUACUCAGCUGAAGAUCCUAGCAAAGCUGUUACCCCCCAAGGGAAGACUUUCAAAAAAAAUCAAAUUCACAACAGAAGAAGCGAUUGAAUCAUUAUUUAUCUGCGUUCCGAAUGCUGGUGACAUCGAACAAACCAUAAUUAACCAAAGAGAAAAAGCCUUAGCAAAGAAGCUCUCCAUCCAACCAUACAUCAUACUACAGGGGUCCUUGUCGGAGGGUGUCUCAGCACCAUUACUGAUAAUUGAUGAUGUCAAAUAUCAAUUCCAAAGUAUAACCAAAAGUUUUGAUACCCUGUUUAAACUUUAUCAUACGUUCAAUGCGAGGUACCCAAAGGCAGGUGACCAUUUAUAUUUAAUAAUACAAAGAUGUGUUUAUAAAAUUGAAACAAAGUAUGACAAUGUUGUGUGCUACAUUAUGGAUGUAUUAAAUUUAUAACCUGGUAAUACUAGUCGCAACAUUCAAUAAAUAAUAUUCGCUCCUGAGAAACUAAGACUUGUCAACAUGGAAUUAAAUUGUAAUUACUGCCAAGUAAGACUAAAUGAUUUUAAAAAAUACAUUUUUCAUUUGGAAACGGCACACAAGAUUGACAACUACUUUGUUUGCCCUUAUCAAAAUUGUAAAAGAACAUAUGAUAAAAAGAGUCGUUUUAAAAAUCAUUUAACCAUGUGCAGUGCAAGUAAUAUUGAGACAAAUUCUUGCAUCAAUGCUCGUAAAAGUGUAAUGGCCGAUCAUGUAGAUGACACUGUAUUACAAAAUAGCAAUGAUGUAAAUAAAAAUUGUGACACUACCAAAAAUAUAGAUGAAAACCAUGAAAAUGAAGCCUUUAUAGAUUCUGUGAAAUCUUACUUAAAUAUAUUCAUGUGCAAAUUAUAUAGUCACGAGAGCUUACCAAGAUCUUUAAUACAAAUUUUAAUAGAAUCAGUUAAAAACUUGAUCUGUGAUAUUGCUUUUGAUAUUCAUAAAAGGAUUCUAAACGAGCGUAUAGAUUUAACUGAAAGAUUAACUAAUGUGAAAGAAAUGGUUUUAGCAUUACAAGAUAUCUUUAAAGAUUAUGAUACAGAGUAUAAACGUUUAAAACAAUUAGUUGACAAAAAAUAUUAUGUAGCCCCUGUAGAAGUUAAGAUUGGUAACAGCAAAGAAAAACAUAAGGAAAAUAAUAAUGUGAUUAUGGCACUAAAGGAAAAAAAACUGUAUAUUUCCCCACUAAGACAAACUUUAAAAUCGUUUUUGGAAUUACCUGGAGUUCUUUCUGCCAUUCUAAAUUAUCAAAAAAAUCUUAUUAAUGAAAGUAAUGCAAGUGAUGGUAAUGUGAUUAGAAAUGUUAUUCAAGGAUCUCUGUGGAGAGAACUCAUAGCUAAUAUGGAUAAUGAUAACAUUGUUAUUCCUUUGAUCUUGUAUUUCGAUGAUUUUGAAAGUGGCAAUGCCCUAGGGAGUCAUGCAGGUGCAUAUAAGCUAGGUGCAGUUUAUGUUUCGAUUGCAACCAUUCCACCAGAAAAAUCUAGUAGGUUGGAAAAUAUUUUUGUAACUCAAUUAUUUUACUCUAAUGAUAGACUCUUAUUUGGCAACUAUGCUAUUUUUAACAAAAUAAUUGAAGAACUCAAGUUUUUGGAAGAAGUUGGCAUUGAUGUUGUGUGGACCAAACAAAACGUUAAAGUAAAAUUUGUCCUGGUUACUUUAUCUGGAGAUAACUUAGGCCUCCACGGUAUAUUAGGAUAUUUUGAAAGUUUUAUGGCUACACAUUUUUGUAGAUUUUGUUUAACUACUAAGGCAGAUUCUGAAACACAAACGUGUGAACUUAAUAAUUUGCGGAAGCCUGUUGAUUAUGACACUCAUCUUGAAAAUCGUAUCGGCAUUAAAGAACAAUGCGUUUGGAAUAAUUUAGAAAAAUUUCAUGUUUACAUAAACAUAACAUGUGAUGUGAUGCACGACCUUAUGGAAGGGGUUCUCAGGUACGGGAUGGCGCUUGUGGUCCAAAAUCUUAUAAAUAAACAAUACUUUUCCCUUGAUCGUUUAAACUCCCGAAUAAAGUAUUUCAAAUUCAACACUUGUGAAAAAAAUUUGCCGCCACCAAUAAAUCGUCAACACUUACUAAAUAAAAGCUUAACUAUGUCUGCCUCUGAAAUGUUGUGCCUUACUAGAAAUUUUGUUUUUAUAGUCGGGGAUUUAGUUGAAGAAAAUGAUCCCGUUUGGGAUUAUUAUUUACUAUUGCUUGAAAUAACAAAUGUUCUCACGUCACAAAUCUUUACUUCAGAUCUAAUAGAUUACUUGAAGGGUAUUAUCGAAGUGCAUCACAAUCUGUACCUUAAUUUAUUUCAAGGUAAAUUAAAACCAAAACACCAUUUUUUAAUUCAUUAUCCUACUAUAAUAAAAAAAAUAGGUCCACCUAUACUUAUAAGUGCUUUCAAAUACGAAGCAAAACACAAAGAGUUAAAAAAGGUUUGUCAGUCAAUAACAUCGCGUAUAGAUCUUCCUCUGUCUGUUAUGAAACGUUGCCAACUCAAGCAAAGUUUUCGUUACGCAACAGACAAAGGUUUGACAGAGAAUCUUCGAUAUGGUAAAUUUGAUUUUGAUAACGAUAAUCUUAAUGGAAAAGACUGCCUUUAUGUUGAUUGGUGUGAAUUAAAUGGCAUUAGGUACAACAUAAAUAAUGUUGUGCUACAAGAUGUUAAUGAUGAUAUUCCCAAAUAUUGUAUAAUAAACAAAAUUGUUAUGAAUCAGUGUAAUAGUGACAUACUAUUUGAAUGUUUCGUUUUAGAUAUUGUUACUUACAGUGCUCAUUUGAGAGCAUAUAAAGUAGUACAAUCAACCCGUAGGUGCACCAUUUUGUAUGGAGAUUUGUAUACUAAUUUAAUUUCAGUAAUAUAUAAGGUUAAUUUAGAAUCAUACGUGAAAGUUGAUUUUUGAUGUUUAUUUUAUUUGUACGCAAUUUUAGAAUCAUGCGUGAAAGUUGAUUUUUGAUGUUUAUUUUAUUUGUACGCAAUUUUAGAAUCAUGCGUGAAAGUUGAUUAUUGAUGUUUAUUUUAUUUGUACGCAAUUUUAAUUCUGUUUCAUUAGAUACAAUACAACAUAUGGAUAUAUUAAGGAUGCCUUUGCUAUAAGCGUUUGAUAGUCGAGUGCAAUGAUCUGCAAAUAGUAAAGGUGGGCUCAUUUGCAGUUAAAUGGACCCAUAAUACACUCAAGAGCAAAAAUAACGGGUACACUUUGUAGAAAGAAGAAAGCGAAAGUAUACCCAAUAUUUUUGCUCUGAGUGUAGUACCUACUGCUAGCCGGCAGAACAUUCAAAUCUUCAAAAAGGUAACCGUCCCGCUGGUAGAUAUUGUGAAACGCGAUGCUAUUUUAUGUACAAAAUCGCAAGCUCUACAGAAUUUAAUCCGCCACCGCUAUGUACAGUUCCAUUUCACUAUAGGGAUAUUCUAUUCUACAGCUUGGUCCGAUUAUGAAAUGUAUUCAUAAGAUCAUAGAAAAUGGCCAGGCUCCAGUGUAAGACCGGUUGAAGUCAGGCCGUUUGCUUCAAAUCAGGCAAAUUUCAACCGGUCUUAUACUGAAGCCUAGUCAUUUUCCAUGGUCUUACGUAUAAAUAAAUUCGCAAUCGCACAUGGAACGGUAACCUAUAAAAUUGUUGAAUAUAUAUUUUUUACAUUUUUGAACUCUCCAAUAUACAUAAGCUGUGGCGGGUCUUACUUGCGUUUUUGUACCUACUUAAAUACUUUAAAUAGCAUGGUUUCACAAUAUCCAACAGUGAAUAUGGUAACUUUUUUGAGGAUUUGAACGUUCUACCGGUUACAGUACUAUAUAUCGUGGCCUAGUACAUAUAAUACAUGCUUGUAGCCUAGUUUGGGACUAGAGCAAUUUGUGUGAGAAUGUCCUCAGCAGUGAUUAAUAUAUUUAUUAAUUGCUUAGACACCUUUCGAAAAAAAUCGAACGAAGACACAUUUGAGGACAUUUUCACUCAAACGUGUACAAAUUUAAGGAACGAUUGUUAACAUAAAAUUAAAAUGUGUCUAUAAAUAGAUGAAUGAUUGUUAACAGAAAAUUAAAAAAGUUUUGUGUCGCUAUUGUUAGCUUCUUAAUAACUUACAGCCAUACUUUUCUUGGUAAUUAGAGUUCUUUUAAGCUUAUACUUCCUUAAUUUUAUUUGUCAUAAAAUCAGUCUAAAAUGUAUUGCGUCAAAAACGGACAUAUUUUAAUUUUCUGUUAACAAUCGUUCCUCAAAUCGGUACACGUUUGAGUGAAAAUGCCCUUAACUGUCCAUCUGUCAACCUAUAAUUACAAUAACCUUAAAAUUUUACUUAAACUAAGACACAGUUAACUGUCCAUGUUAACUGUGUCUUAGUUUGGACAAUGAAAAUCUCAUUUGCAGUAAAAAGUUGCAUAAUUGUAAAUUUCAUAAUAGUCAGUUCGAAAAACAAAGAUCCAUUUAUCUAAGAAAUUACUAACCUUCGGACUCCUCCCUCCCGUCCCUGGCAUACUAGCUUAUGUCGACGAAGUAAAGCAUUCGUCCCUUUCGCACUUGCAUACUUGCUAGAAAGUGGCAAAUACUUUACGUCAUCGAUAAAUGCUAGUGUGCUAUUAGGUCUUGUGUUGUUAUAAGUUCAUUGUACUGCAAAUAAGCCCUACUUUACUCUUAAAAUCAUUACUCUCGACUCCUAAACACUAUAUGAAUAUAUCAUUGAAUACAAGGAUCUAGCACAAAAAAAAUUAAUCGUGUCAGAUCGUGGUUUAAACCGAAUUCGAACAGUGAAUGGUGCUGGUUGCAAAACCGUGACCCAUACUGAAAACCAUGAUCUGCCAAAAUUGAAUUUUACUUUGUACUGUUGUGUUUGUUCUCAAAUGAAUAAAACAAUAUUAUAAUUAAUGA